CUUCCAUAUCUUCUCUCUUCCUUUUUCUUCUUCCUCUCCUCUCCUUUGUCUCUCUUUACGCAUCAUUCCUCUCAAUCUCUCUCUCUCUCUAUAUUCUCCGCCGCUGCUGCUGCUCAGAUCUUCCCCGUUUUAUAACUCUUUGGAUCCACGAUUCUCCUCCUUUUUAUGUAAGGUAAGACGCAUAACAAGUGCCAAGAGUCAAAGAUCACAAAAAGUUUAUUAAUCGGGUGAUCUGGGCUGCAGCUGUGAAUGUGGGUCUCACAUAGCUUCUUCGCAUUGUUUUGGAGAUCUUUACUGCACCCAUGCUGGUAGAGAGCAUGCGUGGAUACUGUGUUUUGGGUGAUGCCCCUGACCAAAUUAGUUCCCGAUGCAUUCGGCGUUGUGACCAUCUGCCUUGUCCUCCUCCUCAUUCUCCUCGGUCUCCUCUGCAUCGCUUACUCUUUCUACUUCCAGUCUCACGUUCGUAGGCUAGCCUUUCUCCAGCUCGGUUACUUCAGCGGGCCGUGGAUUAUCAGAAUCACUUUCAUCCUCUUUGCUAUCUGGUGGGGUAUCGGCGAGAUUCUCCGGUUGAGUUUGUUGAGGCGUCACAGAAGGAUACUUAGCGGUUUGGAUCUCAGAUGGCAAGAAAACGUCUGCAAGUGGUAUAUCGUGUCGAAUCUCGGGUUUGCGGAGCCUUGUCUCCUUCUCACACUCAUGUUUCUGCUCCGUGCUCCUUUGAAGAUGGAGUCUGGUGGGGCGCUGAGUGGGAAAUGGAACAGGAACACUGCUUGUUACAUUCUUCUCUACUGUCUCCCGAUGCUCGCGCUUCAACUCGCGGUUGUUUUAUCCGAAUCGCGCCUCAACGGUGGUGAAGGGUCUUAUGUAAAGCUGCCGGACAACUUCACAAGAACUUAUUCUCGAGUUAUUAUUGAUCAGGAGGACGAGGUUGAGGUUGCGUUGUGCACUUAUCCUCUCUUGAGUAGCGUCAUCCUCGGCGUGUUUGCAGCCGUGCUAACGGUUUACUUGUUCUGUCUCGGGAGGAAGAUACUGAAACUUGUGAUUAAUAAGCGUCUGCAGAAGAGAGUGUACACUUUGAUAUUCGCCGUGUCGUGUUUCCUUCCGUUGAGGAUUGUUAUGCUCUGUUUGUCAGUACUAACGAAGGCGGAUAAGAUUGUGUUCGAGGCGCUUUCUUUCUUGGCCUUCUUGUCCCUCUUCUGCUUGUCUGUGGUUUCGAUUUGCUUGCUUGUCUACUUCCCGGUUUCGGAUUCUAUGGCCUUGAGAGGUUUAAGGGAUAUGGACGAAGAUGAUAGGAGGACUGUGAUGGAAGAGAGAAGUGGUGCUUUGUUGCUGGCGCCACAGACUGAGGAUAGUUUGAGCUUAAGAGGGAGGAGAGACUCGAGGUCUUCUUCACAGGAGAGGUAUGUGGAACUCAGCCUGUUUCUUGAAGCUGAGAACUAAAUUCGCCAAAGGCUGGAUUUGAGAUUGAGAUAUAUGUUGCGCAAAAAGGCGUAAUUCAGUUUUUUUUUUUUUUUUUUGGCAAAGACACUUUGACUGUAAAGGAGGGUUUUGGGGGAUUUUACUCUUGUGAGGUUUUGUUGUUUGGAAUAUUUUCUGCUUGGUGGAUCGUAUUUUUUGUACUUUUAUUAUGUCAAUUUUGAUUUUAGCAAAAAAAAAGAAACACAACUAAUC